CAUACAAAAGGCUCUGCUAGAUUAUUUCAAAGCGUCUUUAGUGAUUGUUAUUUUAAAUUCACUUGUAGGCUACAAUCUAUAUCUAUCGGUUCUUUUAAUUCUACGUUAAUUUUCCUUGAAAAUUUUGAGAAGCAAAUCGGAAAUAAAUUAUCGAUUAAAAUAAAUCGGAUGAACAUUGAUAUUGCAUGCCUCGUGCAACAUCUUAAGCAAAUUUUUCUUCCGCUUAGCCAUUUUUUUUCGUCAGAAUCUUGGCAUGAAAUAAGUCACAACUUUGAUGUUGUUCUUACUGCAACUAGAUCUUCAUCCAUUCUCCAAACGAAUGAUGCUAUUGUUAAUUCACUUUAUGGUCUGGCCGCCGCUUUUAAGACAACACAUGAUCCGUUUUUCCGGCUCGCAAUAGACCAAUGGUUUAUUCCAGCAGUUAAUUCCAUUUCAACCAUAUUCCAAAAAGAAUGUACACUUCACGUAAAUGAGAU